CACGCACAAACAUCACCAAUUCAUCAAGUUUCUCAGAUCCGACGACAGAUCCACCGUGACGGCAGCAGCUGCCAUGGCGCGUCGUGUCAAGGCACCAGCGCCGCCCAUGGCGGUCGCCGCCACGGCCCUGCUGCUGCUGCUGACUGUGCGCGCCCAGGCCGGCGGCGACGAGGCGGCUGCCUGCUCGAGCAUCCCCGUGUUCAUGGCGUGCAUGGGCCCGGAGGGGCUGCGGGCGCCGACGACGUCGGCCGACCCCGACGAGCACAAGGCUCUGAGCGCCGAGUGCUGCAACGCCUUCGCCGGCGGCGAGCGCUAGUGCCUGUGCCGCCUCCGGGACGAGCUCCGCCGCCGCGGGGUCGACCCCGAACGGUUCCUCUGCACCGCCGACACCGGCUGCCAUGACGCCUGAGCGACCAGCCCGCUCACUUCAGUUCCGGCUCAAUUCGGAUUUAAUCCUCGCGUCCGUUGUCGCUGUCGCUCGGUUUUAUUUCCCGCUCAACUUCUGCGUUCCAACUUCCAAGUCACGGUUUCGUUUUUCCAACUUAUUUUUCAUGUCCGCAAGGCAAUAAAUAAAUAAUACUCGUAGUAUUCCAAUGUUUUGAGGCAUCCA